AGGGAUAUUGUGCCGGACUACCUCAAUGGUUAAUAGUAACUCAAGUCUGAUCGAACUCUCUGCAUAUAAUCAAAACAAUAUCAACAGAAAUGGUUGUUUGCAUGCAUUAAUCUGGCGAAUAACCGGGAUUUUUCAAAUAACAUCAUUGCUGAGUAUAACUGAGAUUAUUGUUCAGUUCGUAAUCUUCAUUUUUAUCAGAGAAGUGUUUGUUCGUAAUCGUCUGUACUGACGAAAUACACACAGCUACGGUAUUCUGCAUACGACUCAGCAUUUGCUUAGAGAUUAAAAGCAAAUACAUACCCGCAAGAUUGUGCCUCCAGUUGUUUUCUCUGUUUUAAUGAAAGUCAACUCAGUUUGCACCAGCCAGCCUAAAUAGAAGGAAUCAUGACUUUCGAAUACCUUGAGAUAAAAGAUCCGGAAUACCUACAACAUCAUAUCGAAAACGGGGAGCUAGAUUACUUACUGGUAAAGAAAAAGUCGUUUGAGGAUGUUCCAAUGGAGUCGUGGGAUCCACCAGCCUAUUGCUUUACAGACAGAUAUAUUCUUCACAAUCGGAAUGGCUGAUACACGCCUUGUCAAUCAUUCUGAUAAUCUAACAGACAUUACUUGGGCACAUGCUGUCGAUAGCCAAAAAUAUCUGCUAGAAGUCCUCAAUAGUGACAUAGAUUUCAUAGAGGCAGACAUCCUAUUGGGAGUUAUCGAUAGCAACACUGAUAAUGAACAUUUAAUCCCUAUUAUGGCACAUCCACCAGCAACAACGUCUGACAUAACUUUGGAAUCUUUCUUGGAACAAAUACAAAACCAUAAUCGUAUUGUAGAACCGUCGAAAGUAAAAGGUGUAAAGCUAGAUUUUAAAACGAUAGAUGCUUUUGAAGCAUCAAUAAGUAUUAUCAACAAUAUAUAUGAUAUGCAGUCAUUUCCAACAUGGAUCAAUGCUGAUAUUCUGGCAGGACCAGUAAAUAAUACAGAAACCAUCCCUGUGGAUCCGAAACGGUUUUUCGACGGAAUAAAGCAACUCGGUCCGGUAGUUCUAUCUAUCGGGUGGACAACCAAGUGGAGUCAAUCAUCUUUAGAAGGGUGCUAUACAAAAGAACACAUCAAUGCAAUGACAAGUACUAUCAAUGAAAAUCUUUCAGAUGAACAUGGAAAAUCUAUAACGUUUCCAGUUCGUGCUGGUAUUGCCGCAAAUAGUCUAGAACAUUUGACGUCGCUCUAUGAAACGUUGAAGGAAAAACAUAACGUCACAUUCACAAUCUGGUCAAGUGAAAACGAUGCAGUAGAUGUUGAAAAACUGAGGCAAUUCAUUUUUAAUUUCGGUGUAAAUAAAGUAUAUGUUGACGUACCAACGGAUUUGAAAAACCAGCUACACUUGGGCAACGUUUCUCUUUUAUAAAUUUUUGCUCAAUAAUUUGAUUCAGUACUAAUAAGUAGCGAAAUCGACAAGAUAAAGCAAUGAUUUUCCAGAUUAUCUAGCAUAAUUGCAAAACAUUACACUUUUGGCAAAAGACUUGGCAAUGAAAAUUUAUGCUUUGAAAAUUUGAGUCCCCUGCAAUGUCUAAACUAUCAAUAUACUGAUAAUAAAAAAAUACGACUUGUU